CUAGUCAUCCAAUGACAUACUGUAAUUACUCAAGCUCCCGUUAUUACUCAGUACACACUUCCGUCAGCCGAACUUUAUAAUAUUCAUGUUUAUUUCCUCCGUGAUCGUAUUUGCCGCGAAUGGCAUAAGCUCAGAUUUGACGUUGUCCCAUGCGACUAUUCCCUCAGAUCGUUUCGACACGGUCCUCCGUAAACCUCACUCUACUAUGAAAGCUUCCUCCUUCAGAGAGUCCUUGGGCGGAACCUGGCGGAACCGGAAACCACAUUUAGUGACGUGUAUUCGACGAGCUCGGCGCCACAAAUCGGUGAGGGUGCCAAGGCCAAUGCCAAGGACAAAACCCCGUUGUAGCACCUAUCAGUUUGCACCACGCGACCCUCUCCUGGGGCCAGACACCGCCCAUCUUUCUUCUGCCCAGUGCCUUGUCUCUCGCUCUCUCUCUCUCUCUGUCUCUCUGUCUCUCCCUCUCUCUCUCCCUCUGUGUGUGUGUGUGUAUGUGUGUGUAUGCGUGUGUAUGAGAGCGUGUAUGUACACCCCCGCUCCCCCAAAAUUUUCUCAUCCCCCAAAGAAAAUCGAAAUCGCUCGUCCCAACCUGGAAAAAUUCAAGAACAAGAAAGAUGCCGGCGAC